AUGGGUCCCGUCCCCCUGGCCCUUUUUUCCCCAUGGACGUCGACUUUGCACGGUUGGGUGCUGUUGGGUGCUGGCGAUGGCCUUGGAGUUUUUCGAUGCUGGAGCCCGAAGCCAGCUUCCAGGAAACCGCUCGUAUGUGCCCAACUGUCCCAAAUGCUUGCUGGGCAGGAAUCGUGUGGAUUUUUCCGAUGUCGAUCUGGUUACCGCGGCGCUGGGCAGCUUGGCUGCGAGAUCCCGCCGGAUCGAUGGACGAAUCCUGGGAAUCGCCGCCCGUUUGCGCCGACCUGGAGGCCUUUGGGUGAUCUGUCGACUGGCAAUCGAAGGAGGCCAGAUGCCCUCGACACCCAGAAAGCGCACCUCGUCCAGCUCCAAACCGCGUCCCUACCCGCACUAAUCCGCCAGCUCGAAGACCUCUUGGGCUCCCUCGACCUGGCACAUCUCGUCCCUCUGCGGGAUACCCUCGAGAUCACGUCCAGACUCAGCAACACCCUGUCUCCAUCCAUCCGCGCCCUCUCCCCCGUUGCCGCCAAUCGAUACCACCAAGCCCAGGACCAUGACCACCGUUACGGCAGUUUGAAACAAUACAGAGUCCACCAGCUGAUCGCGAAAGCCAUUCUGCUGAUGUGCAACUGUGUCUCGCCACUCUUCCACAAGCAUAUCGCACUCAUGCAAAUACUCCAGGACCCUGCGAGCAGCUUGCUCAUUGAGACGAGUCUGCCUGCCCACGCAAAGAUAGUCGUCGAAGCCACGGCCGAAUGCUGCGAUGAGCUCAGCAGCUUACUCCGACGGUCCAUGAAAUCCGACUUCGGUAUAAGAGGAGUGCCGAGCGCACGCAAUACGGCUUGGAUAUUGCUUGGUCCAGCUCGCCGCUCAGAUCCCAUCGCCAGACCGAUUGGCCGCCGCCGGAGGCUGGCCAAGCUCGAGCUUGCCCAGCCUCUGCCGGCGGCCUACACUCAUCCUAGUCCUCGCCUCCGCACCUCUGAGGAACGCUUGUUCAGCCGAGAACGCCUCUCACCCUCCGAAGCGGCCAUCACAAUCAUCAAGUUGCUUCGGAUACUCUUCACCAAGCGCUCCGACGCGCGCGCAAAUACACCGCCAUUUACAAGCGGCACUGCCCUGAGUUCGGCCGAUUUCAAAGCAAUCGAUCAUGAGCUUCAUGCUCUCCAUUCGCGCCUGGAAGCUCUUCUGAACACCUUGUAUUUUAUGUACCAUGAGAAUCAUACAGCUGCAUAUCUUGGGAGAGAAUCACUCGACGACAUCUCAAGCCACUUCGACUCGUACUAUUCUGUCAUCUCCAUCCCGUGGCUCCUCAAGCCGGCGAUCCUCCUCUCUCCGGAACCCGGUCCAAACCUUGGAUCCAUGCAUCAAGCGCACAAACCCGCGCGGCCGUUGGACACUUCCGACACACUGUACACGUCUGUGGAAUGUGGUGAUUGCAGCCACUGCAUGUCUCGAGGCCCAGCCGGCGACGCGUCGCGUCCAUCGCUUGCAGGCCAGCCGCGGGGGCGCCCGGGCACCCCUGGACGCACAGCCAAGAGCGCGAUCGAGCGCACGCCCGUUCUUGCGGCGCCCAGGGCAGCGGAUUCUUAUUCGCCAUUGGCCAUCAAAGUGCACCGGCUGCCAGAUCAUCCGGUAGGCUGUUCGGCGGUGCUGAGCCCGUCCCAAAGCGACCUCGCCAGGUGA